CAUAGUUUUUGAGAUAUAGAGCGAUUCGGGUUUUCCAAAAUGGCGGAUUUCGCCAGGUGGGUGGCGUCCCGAAAACCAGGACAUAAGCCGUCCUAUAUUUCGUUCCACAAUAUGCUUCUUUUUUUACUAACUUUCCUGUACUAGUAGUGAAAAAAAAGUACAUAGUAAAAUUUUUAUAAGUUACAAAUCAGUCAUAGUGAUUUUCAAGUUAUGACGCACUUUAAGGUCAAAAUCUCUCACGCUAUUUGUAAAUUAAUAACUCAAUCAGAUGGCAUGUGUCAAAAAACCACACUCUCCAUCAAAUACAAUACUAUACCUAAUCUAAAGCUGUCUAUUUAGGUAUCCCCGUUCCAUUUACCUACUGAUAUAGACGCUCAUGAACUACAGAUAAGAAUAUGGCUCUCUUGGUUUUUGUUGUUGAUGAUAACACAACACACAAAUACAACAACAACAAAUACUUCGCUGAUUCUCUGCUUUUUAGUAGUUCAGUGUAACUCAUCCGAAAUAGUUAAUGAUGAGUGAAUAUUAAAUUUCGAUCCCUAAAAAAUAUCAAAAUACUUUGGACCUUUCAAAGCAUAUUCUACACAUAAAUAAUUCCUCGUUCGUGGUUUUUAAUUAAAAUUAAAAUUUAAUUAACGUCAAUCUUGGUUGGUAUUAUUUUCUAAAACCCAAACAAAGAAGAAAAAAAAGUAAAUCUAUCUCUCUGUGGUUUUAUACCAAACAAACAAAAAAAAAAUUACAUUAAUGAACUCAACCAAGAAGAAGUGAGUGUACAAUAAUCCGCAUCCACCAUCAACUUAACGAAGUUAAUCGAUAAAAGAGCUCCAAAAGAGACAUGCAAAUGAUGCUAAUGCUACCAAAAUUAUGAAAUAGUAUUUGGUUUGGAUGUUUUCAGGGAACCAAAACCCUUCACCUCAAAAACUAUUUUAUUUCAUUUAACAUACAAAUUACUAACAAAAAAACCUGAAGUAACAAUCUUUUCUCUCUCAAAAAACCAAAAAAAAAAAAAUAAAAAUCACUAUGUACAGCCAAAUUCUAGUCUAUUUUGGAAUACUCUUAGUUAUAAUUACCAACAGUAACAGUUAUGCCAGUGUUCAAGUAAAUCAUCAGUCAUCACAACAUCUAACAAAUGAGAUACCAGUGGAUAAAAUGGAUCAAUUACCAAUACCAAAAGAUCAAACAUUAAUUGUACGACUGCCAUCGAAUACACUGCUCAAGUAUACAGCUUACAAGGAUGUAUCGAUAUUACAUUUUCGCAUACCACCAGAUUCGAGGACAGCUUAUUUUACAUUCAAAGCAUUGGAGGAGUCUAAAAGUGCCUUUCAUAGAGUAUGUAAGCCCCGUGAUGUUACACUUCACUUAAAAGCUGGCAGUUAUCCUGUGAUAAGUCCAGAGAAUAUAACAUUCCCAAGAAACUUUUUAAAUGCCGACCAAAGAUUCAAGAUAUACGAUCUGCAAUUCAAAUCGGAUGGCAAACAACAACGUAUAACUGUCGAUGGACCACAAAUGGGCAAUUGGUUUGCGGUAGCAUUUCUUAGUUGGACGGAUCCGAAUAAUGACCGUAUUGAGCAACAAGGUUUGGCUGCUUCAUGUGAGACACUUCUGUUGGCCGAAAUGUCCGUGUCACGUUUUAUUCCAAUUAUUUUAAAUAGUGGACAAGUGCAUAAUAGCACCCUAACGAGUACGGACCUAAACAAUGCAACAUCAACAUCGAAUUUGGGUUCAGCAUCGGCUGCGGCUCUAGCCAAUGCCACAUUCACAAACCAAGCGGCUCUAAAUCGACCAAAUACAACAACGUCAUCAUCAACUCCAAGCAACGAGCCGCAACAACCAACAUCAUCAUCAUCAUCAUCACCCCCAACGACGACGACGACGACGACGACGAGGUCAACAACGACGACAACGACAAACACCAACUCCACCACCACCGCAUCAUCAUCAUCCUCCUCAUCAGCAGCUUUUACAUCAAGCUCAUCGUCCUCGUCGACGACAACGACGACGAAUGCCACAAUCGCCACAAACAGUGAAAUCAUUUAUAAAUUCUAUGUACCCGAAAAUGUUGGUGUUGCCACCGCAAGAAUAACAAUUGGCAAUGGCUGCCUGACAUGUCCGGAUGUUGGUUUCUAUAUCCAGGCAAAUGCACUGCCCACUGACACCAAUUACAUUCAAAGUACAAUCAUAAAGCCCAACCAAACUGGUGAGAUAUCCAUCGAGUUCUAUGUACACUCCAAUGCCUGGCACUUUAUCCUUCUCCGAUUCGAACAACAAUUCCUAGAGCCCUCUUCCACUGCAUCAAUGUCAGCAGCAUUGGCCGAAGCAGCGGCUGAAUCUGUCGUUUCCGAAGGUACAUUGUCAACAGCCUCUGUUUAUACAUCACCCGGCGUUGUUGCAUCGGUCAGCAGGUCGUCUAGGGCAUCAUCGUCAUCGAUGCAUCUUGAGGGCUUUACCAAUAAUCAGAGAAUUCAACAUCUGUACGCCGUUGAUGAGUACCAAAGGUGGGUGGAUAGUGCCAGUGAAUCUGCUGCUACCACUCUCAAUCCGGCUUCGGCCGAUGAGGACGGUCCAAACCACACAACAUCGAAUACCACUUGGUACGAGAUGGAGUACUCGCUUCAAAUUGAUUUCCAUAAUCUACCAACUGAUGAGGAAGAGGAGACUGCCGAGGGUGAGACUGUUCCAUGGAAACCAAUAAUCUACCGGGACAUGGAGUUUUACCCUCUACUCCGGCAGACCUACAGAGAAUUCUUCAUGUUCGACUACGAUCUCAUACCGGACAGCAAUGGAACAGUUCCGCUUGUGCUAAAUCUGACCGCAGGCACACCGGCCGGUUUUAGUUUCGAGGUUGGUGAUGUUUAUGACAUCGGAGGGACUCUCAGUUUUGCCGUUUCCAUGAAACACGGUCUCAAAGGACUCGAUUUGAAGGGUACACCUCUCCCAUCGACUGAACGCAGUGGAAUUUUAGCAGAGAAACUAAUUGGCCGACCGCCGGUCGGGAAAGACUCAUCUAGCGGAAGUGACAAAGAGGAGGACGAUCAGGCUUUGCCUCGUAGCAAUCAAACCAUAAUCGUUUGCAUGCGAAUGGGAGAGCCGGGAGAACCAACAUGGCCGGACAAGUGCCGAUAUGGAAGGAAAGUUCUACCCGCUUCUAGCAUUGUUAACAAUACCGACUCAAAUACUAGCACCGGACUGAUUCAUGUUCCUUUUCCGGAAAGUGGUCAAUGGUAUGUGACAAUGGGACUGUAUUGCCAUGGAGCAGAGACUGCUGCACGGGUAACCAUCAUAGACAGUGUGAAAGAGUUUGUCAAGAAAUACGUUGGGAUGUUGGAAUCGAUGCGACCACCCUGUGCCUGUUCGAAUUCUGCGAAAUUCUAUCAGAAUUGUAUAAACGACAGGAAAUGUCUGGCACAAAUGAAUGAGACUGAGACCCUCAAGAUCAAAGAAUGCAUGAUGGAUUCGAAAUGCUCGGAUGAUUUUGUUGAUAUGACGAAAAAGUUCGAAAGCCACCACAAAUUUGCCACGGAACAACACUUUGCAUUGGACAAUUGCAACACCUCGGUGGUGUUUACAAUAUCGUCUAGUCCGUGUGUCGCGGGCAGGUGUGGUCGCUUUGGAAGGUGUUAUCAUUAUAUGUCGGGGGGUUUUGUUUUCUCGACUUGUGUUUGUAUGAAGGGGUAUCGGGGUUGGGAUUGUACUGAGGAUGCACAGGUUCCGUCAAGUAUAUCGAUUCUUGUUGCAUCGUUGUUGCUCACUUUGAGCAACUUGUUGUUUAUACCAAGCAUUUACAUGGGCGUUAGGAGGAAGUAUUAUACCGAGUCGGUGAUUUAUUUCUUCGCAAUGUUCUUCUCGACGUUCUAUCAUGCCUGUGAUUCUGGGGAGGAUGAGUACAGUUUCUGUCUGGUGAAGAUCGGAGUUCUGCAGUUCUGUGACUUUUACUGUGGACUUUUAGCGAUUUGGGUGACACUUGUUGCAAUGGCUCACAUUCGACCGCAAUUUGUGUCACUUUUGCAUAUGUUGGGCGCCAUUUUGCUAGCUUUUGGAACAGAGCUGAACAAACAGAGUCUCUGGGUAUUCCUAGCACCUGCUCUCACUGGUAUUUGUAUCAUAUCGGCGAGUUGGGGUCUGCGCUGUCAGAAGUCUCGCAAGCUUUUCCCCGCCAAGAAGUACCUCAGCGUCUACAUGCCUCUGGGGGCAGUUCUUGUCAUGGUGGGUCUAGUGUGCUACGCUUUCCUGCAAACCAAACAAAACUAUCACAUUGUUCAUUCAGUCUGGCACAUCGUCAUGGCUUUGAGCAUUCUCUGCCUUCUGCCCAGCCGGAAGUCUUUUAUUCCGAAGUGCUAGCAUUCGGCUUAUACUCGAGAGUUUUUACUCAUCGAACAGGAGUUCUAUAUGUGAAUUUGGGAGCACCAGCAGCCGUAGCAGCACCAACAGAGACUCCACUUCUUCUUAUAUGCCUCUAUUGCCGCGCAAGCUAAAACAACCUUUAACUAAGCGAACAAAAAAACAUAAGAAUAAGAAAGCUUCUUUCAUAGAUCAUACUGAUACUACUACUAUAACUAAUGAUCCGGUAACGCAAAUAACGGAACUGCAUCCUUUAAUAGAAGUGAAAACAUGACCUAAAACUAUACAAAACAAAAAAAAAACACAUAAUUUUUUUAAGUAUAAAAAAUAUGAGAUAGAAAAAAUGAGAAGAGAAAAGACAAAGAUAAAAGAGAGAAUAAAUAUUUUUUGAGUAUAAACCAAAGGAAACUUAAAAACAAAACAAAAAAAAAUAUAAAAACAAAUCACAGAGCCUUACUAGAAUUGAGAUUUAAAAUAAAUUUAAAAAAAAAAUAAAAGCUACAAAAAAAAGUAAAUUUAAAAAAUACAAAAAAAAAUUAACAUAAAAGUAUAAAAAUAUUAUAUAAAUAUUUUAGUGUGUAUAAAUUUGGUAAUGUAAAGUGUAAAUUAAAAAAAAAAAAAAAAAAAAAAAACAAAAAAAA